CUUUUUAUCUUAUCAGACUUGUUUGUUUUUGUCUUUGAAAAGCUUGAAAUUUAAAGUUCAUUUUACUUCUGAACAAGAAAUACAUGAUACAAACAUCUUAAAUGUUUAAUCUAGCCCUUUAUGCCAAUGAAAAUGACUAUACAUAGAUGUCUUUUUGGGGGGGCGCUUGGUUGGGAACCACUGAACAAGAAAAAGCUCAGGCCGGCCCUGCCCGUGUGUUUAGUUUCCACAGCACAGAGCAGCUCCAGUACUGAGCCGCGCCGCACUGGAGGUACGCACACAGCAGAACCUCCUUCACUUCACCAGACCGGUAAACCGACUCCUGUCUGCCACAUUCGCCACCUUUCUCCUUCUGUGUGUGCUAUAUCGGAUCUUCGGUUAUGAAGAGCAAACACAACCAACAGGUCAAGUCAGUGGUUCCGAACCGACACGACAUGUCGAGCUUCGAGGUGACUCUCCAGCAACUCAAUGAUCUGUUGACGGACGACAGCGGCUUUUACAGCUGGCCGACAAAACACUUCCAUGAGGUUUACCCGAGGAUCUACGUCGGCAAUGCUUUUGUGGCAAUGAACGUGAUGCGUCUUAAGCGCCAAGGCAUCACCCACAUCCUGAACGCUGCGGAGGGAAACUCCUUCAUGCACGUCAACACCAACGCUGAGUUUUAUGCCGGCACGGGCGUCAUCUACCACGGCAUUCCAGCCAGCGACACAGACCACUUCGACAUCAGCGUUUACUUUGAAGAGGCAGCAGACUUCAUCGAGAAGGCUCUGGCAUAUAAAAAUGGAAAAGGUAAAGUGUACGUUCAUUGCAGGGAGGGCUAUAGCCGCUCGCCUACGUUAGUCAUAGCCUACCUGAUGCUUCGCCAAAACAUGGACGUCCACAGCGCUCUGGCCAUGGUGCGGCAGAAAAGAGAGAUCGGACCCAACGACGGCUUUCUCAGGCAGCUCUGUUGGCUAAACCAAAGGCUGGAUGCUGAGGGAAAGUUCUGGAACAAAUGAGGCAGACAAUGACUGAAGAUGAAAGAUUGUAAGAAGGAACAAAAGUAUCCUUUAUUGCACAUCACUUUCUUUCACUCGUUCUACAGCUUUAACAAGCCGCAGAUCUGUGAGACGUUCCGGAUGUGAGGAUGGCGGAAAAGACAUUUUUCUCUCAGACUAAGGCUGACAGCACUGAGUGUAUGUAAAAUUAUACACCUUGCAUACCACCUUUUGACAUGUACAGUAUUUUAAUUGUGUUCAGUCAAAUACUGGUGAUGCCAUGUUCUGAUCAUACAGUGUAAAUGUGUGUAAAUCCAGUUGCACUGCUUUCACUAAGUGUGUACUAUCAUGGUUCAGGUCCAAGUGACAGUGUUCUGUAUAUUUUGGUGUGUUUUCCUGCUGCUCACUAUUCCAGAGAACAGUAUCAACAUGUGAAUGUUAAUAUGCAUUUAAAGGCGCUCAUUGUGGGAACUGCUGAAAAAACCAGAUGGUGUAACCGAUGUGAGACUGCCACCGCCUUCUCUCUUCCUCCCUCCUGGCAUUGUGUUCUUUGUCUUGGCCUAACUCCUGCAAACACUGCCAAAUCUCUCAGUUCCAGCCGUUCCCGGGGGAGGGUUCAAGUGGACACUGUGAUUUUUCAUAUUGAAUCAGAUUUUCAGGGUAUUAGAGGAUGAUAGUAAAAUCAUUUUUCUCUGUUAUAUUUAGUAAGUUUUAGAAAUCUGUGACCUAUAUUGUGCUCAUUUCUAGCAGCCUGCCUCAGAAGUAUGUCUCAGUUAAAUUUUUGUCUUGCUGUAUGGUGUUUUAUAGGAAAUUUUGACAGUAUUUCAUACCGCAAGAUAAUUAAAUUUUUAAUAGUAAAAUUACAAUGUUGAUACAUGGAUGGAACAGCAAAGAAACCAAGGAAUAGCUCUGCAUUUUACUGGAAGAUACUGUUCUCUUUCUUGCUGAAAGUUGAAUACAAUAGUGAGAAUAUGGAAACUACUCUUAUGUCAAAAUGAAGCAAAUACCAACAGUCAACAAAAAAACUGCCUACUAAAACCUGUAAAGCCAGUAAUUAGCAUGUUAUAUCCCAUGUGUUUAGUCCUUCCAAAACCCAAAAUGUGCUGGACUGUUGGACUGCAAACAUCUAAACAAAUUAGCUUGAAUUAGUAAACUUUACAGGUGCUGUUUCUUACUUUUUCAAGUCUUUGUGCUGAACUAAGUUAAGUGGCUGCUGGCCAUAGCUUCAUACUUACUGCACAGACAUGAGAGAGGUAUAAAUUUCCUCAUCCAACUCUCAGCAAGAAAGCGACCGAAUGUAAGUCUGAAAAUAUCAAACUAUUCCUUUAUUGCCCUGUCAGGCUGCUGAGGGUACAGGACCUGUAACUUUAUGCCAAAUGGUCCAGUGAGUGAAACCAAGUCACUGAAGUUUCUGAUUGUAAUUAAAGCACUGCCAGAAUGUUGUUUGCCAGUAACUUAAAUAUUAUUGGAUAACUUCUCAGUCUACACGUUUUGCACAUUGGUGUGUGUGUGUGUGUUUUUGUCAGAGUACAUGCGGUUUUAUAUUGUACGGCAGCAUGCUGUGUAAUGUACAUGUGAGCCAAUGUGUUGUUUAUGUUCCUUUGUUAGCACAGAUGUGUGUUUACGUGUUUACUGAGUCAUGGUGUGCAUUCAUGAGUGCGAUUUAUGUGUCACAGUGUGCUUUAUUAAGCCUGUAACGUGUGAAUCAUCAUGUGCAUUACUGAGUAGGAUGUGAUGUAAGUGGUCAUGUCAGUAGGCUUUCAUCGAGUCUCACAGAUUAUGACCGUGCUGUUUAUCAAGUGCACUUUAUCUAAUGACACUUGUGAUUGUUGUUGCUCUAUUUUCAUACGUUCAAGUAAUAUACAGAAAAUGA